CGAUUACAUUCAAAGCAAAUUAGGGUUUGGAUUUAUCUCUAACGCAAUCGUAGCCGGAGGAAGAAGGAACUCAGAGAAGAGAAAGCUCCGUUCACCGUCGCCGUCAUGGGUCGUAUGUACAGUAGAGGUAAGGGAUUCUCAGCUUCUGCUUUGCUGUGUAAGGGAAUAUCACCGUCUUGGGUCACGAGACCACCUCAAGAUGUUGGUGAGCCCAUUUGCAAGUUUGCUAAGAAAGGAUGGACACCAUCGCAUAUCGGUGUUAUUCUUCGUGACUCUCAUGGAAUCGUGCAAGUGAAAAGUGUUACCGGAAGCAAGAUUCUUAGAAUUCUCAAAGCUCAUGGUUCUAAGUUUAGGUUGAUUCUUGUUGAGAGUAGAAUCCAUCGCCUUGCUCGUUACUACAAGAAGACCAAGAAGCUCCCUCCCGUUUGGAAGUAGUUAGUACUUCAAACAACAUUCAAAGAGUUUUCUUAAAGAUGUCCAUGAUUGAUCAUAUUACUUUUGAAUAUUGAUCCUACUUUGUGUUCUUGCUUUUGCAGCGAGUCUACUACCGCAAGCACACUUGUGGCUUAAGAAGCAUAAUAUAGAGAUGGUUUAAGU